UUACGACGAUGAGGAAACUCAAUUUCGUGUAAGAUCUAGGUAAGUGUAUCGGGCCCUAUCUAUGAAAGCAUUAGCAUAUUUCCUUCGCUUCUUUCGAUACAUUCAUUUUACCUUGUUUAUUUCCCCAUCGUACAAUUAGGUCUCUCAUUCGUCAGGCCGUGGAAAGCCAUGACUGCUCCUCCUGAUUUGGUUUAUGCUUUGAUUUAGGACCCAUAUGUGGGUUUGAUUUUGUUUUGGAAAAUUAUUGAAAUGACGAAGGCUAAUUUGGGUUUCGGACAAGGGUUACGUGUCGAGAAUUAUUGAUUGAUGGUGGACUAAAUCUUAUUGAUGUGCUCGAGGGAGGUAUUCUCUUGCUAUUUGAAGCUAUUGCAUUUACUAGAAACCAAGUUAGAAAACUCUUACUGAGCGAAAGCUGGAACAUUAGUGAAAGUAUUAGUUAAUGAUGCAUCAGCUGGGAUGUCUUUGAUAUUCUUGCUUGGAGAGCUGACUGGUGAGUAUUUUUUUUGACAAUAAUGUGUGAUCUAUUAACCAUCCAUUUAUUUGGUUGAUAUUCUAGGUUGACUUUUGGUUCGAUUAAAGAGAUAUAGUCAUAUUUUUCGUUGGUUUUGUUAUGAUACUCCUUUUCAACAUCAUUAUUUUCCUGAUUUGAAAUAUUUUUGUGGUUAGUUUCCCAUAAACAAAGUUUGUUCUAAUCAACAUUAACAUAGGGAAUAGCUUCAAUCAUAACAUUUUUACACCGAUUUCAAAUGUAUGAGCUAAGAUCAUUGUCGAAUUGAAUUAUUCAAGCUAUAAUGUUGAUCUUUAACAUAUAAAACAUGGUUUCUUUUGAGUGAAAUAAUCUCAUGCUUGCAAAUACGUUUUCACAAUAUGAAGUUCCGUGAUAGUGGUCACUUGCCUCCAGAUUAAAAGUGGAUUUCUAAUUACUACAAUAUAAAAAGCAAGAGCAAUAGUCAUAAUUGGAGCAUAUACAAGGUGGCUUGAUAUUUGAUGACUCGAUAUUUGCACAUGUUUUCCCCUUUGUUUCUUGAUCGUUUAACCUUGCAUUAUCGCUUCUUUGUCCUAUUUUACGCUAGGUGGUGUUCCUUUGUCACAUUUCAGGCCCUAGCACAUAAAGUGAAGCGUAGGCGCAAGUUUCAAGUCAAUCGGAGAUCAUUUGGCAAUUCGGGAGAAGAAACACGAGCAUGACCUGAGGAAGAAUGGAUUUCCACCUCAUCUUAUGGACAAAUAAUCAUGGAAUCUUGUCAUGAAAAGAUAGAGGACGAGACUACGAGCAUCUGGGUUCAAACGGCGACUGAUUUGGAGUCCGGACGAGGGAGAAACGAAGCUUUGAACAGGGGCGGAGGAAGAAUUACGGGCAGGAGAAUUACGACCGUAAUUUCCCCUCCCAUGCCCGUAUUUUCACUGCCGAGAGGAGGUUUGGAUGCGCUGAAACUUAACCAAAACGCGUGUUUUGGGCAAAAUACGGGCAUGGAAGAAUUACGACCGUAAUUCAGCCCGUAAUUCGCCCAGAAUCGGGUUUUUGAGGCCAAUUUCGAGCCAAGGGAGGGGGAGACCUGGGUUUUGGAUCCCAAACACCCAUGGGACGAACCCUAGAGAGAGAGAGAGCGACUUGGGAACAUUCUUGGAGCUAUUUUGGAGGAUUUCUUCGCCAUUGGAGCUCGGGAAUCAAGCUUGGAGAUGGAGAUUGAAGAUCUAGAUCAGAUUUCUGCAGUCUCUCUCUUCUCUAUGGAGUAACUUCCCUUCACUUAGGUUUUGAGGAACCCUAGUUCCAUGAGUUAGGAUCUUUCUUGUAUGAAGUUUUGGAUGCUAUAUUGUUUGAUUAUAAUCGAAUGAUGCAUGUUUAUUGAGUCAAUUGAAGUCUGAUCAACUUUUCCUGAUUUCUGCUGCAACCUGAGAUAGAUAGAAUCUGAUUAGGUUGUUAGAGCCUCAUCAUUCGGUAGUAGGAGAUUGGCUAUACGAGAGUUAGCCAGUUUACUGCUUUGUACUGGAAUCCAAUUCCAGUAGUGGAGUUCUGUGCUUAUUGCUUCAGCUUUCUAUCCCGGUGAAGACUAGUCGUCUGCAGGAUAGUUAGACUGAGAGGGCUUGGUCAGCUUAAGAGAUUCCAAGCUACUGUCGAAUCUUCCACAGUUUAAUCAACAGUAAAACAACCAAAAGGAAUUACAACUUGGACCUAAUUGAAGAGCUAGGGGGAAUCAUACCUAAGUGAGUUCCCAAACUGUAAUUAGUAGUUUUACUUAGUUUAGUUAGUAGAGUAGUUUAGUUAAUCAAUCCUUAAUCUAGUUUGCUAGAUAAUGAACCGAAGCUGAGUAAUAGUAACUCUAGAGACCCGUGGAUUCGAUAUUUAUUACUUGUGCCACUAUACUGCAGUCCCUUUCAUUGGUUACACUUGGCCAUUGUUAGGUGUUGUAUUUUAGAGCAUCAAGUUUUUGGCGCUGUUGCCGGGGACUUUCUAGAUUAUUAGGAAAGGCAGAAGUUUGUUACUUUAGCGUUUUUCUUUUCUUUUCCACCCUUGCUUUUCACUUGGGUGUUUUUUGUUUUUGUUUUUGUUGGUGCAGAUCUGAAUCAUGGAUCCGCAUGGCUUCUCCAACCAGUGGGGGUAUCCACCACCAUCCGAGUGGUAUUACCCCGAGACUCCCUGGAGCAAUCAAGGAGGAGAAGACUAUGGAUUCGGGUUCCAGUACCAACCCCCUUUCUACGGAGAACAACCAGACCCCUGGGCAUAUCAAGAACAACCUCAUUACCAAGAAGACUUUCUCCCACAACCAGAAGGGCCGUCGGAGCUGGAGUUACCAAUGGCGGCCUUCACGGGCCACUCUGCAGAGCCGUGCUACACUUCACUGGAAGAUCCGAACAAACAAUUAAGGCUUCUCGUGGAGCAGUUUGCUCGAGACACUGAGAGAUCAUGCUCCAAGAUGGAUCUUCAAAUCAAAGCCCUUGCUGCUUCCGAUCCCUCAUUUCUCCAUGAUAUGGAGGAGACUGUUCAGCGCUCAGCGAAGCAAACAGAGUGGGUGGAGCAAGUUUGCUCACAUCUUGCUCAAGAUCACCUUUCUGCUACCACGCUAGAAGAGGUGGAGGAUGACAAAGGCUAUGGGGAUAUUGAGGAGCAUACAGAAGUUAUCACAGAGAACUCCCAUGAUAAUCAUGAUCAGGAAAGUCCUCUGGUUGUAGAUCACACAAUUCCUUAUUUCUGCUCUAACAUGCCGGGCCCGAGCGAGGAGAUGCAAGAUGAUCUCAUUGAAGAAAUUACAUGGCGACUUGCUCUCCAAUCUGUGCUAGAAGAAGAAGAGCAAGAAAGGGUGCAGAAAGAAGUUGUGGAGGAUGAAGAAAAUGAGGCAGGAGGAGUUGUUGAUCAUUUCCCAGGGGUGAUACCACAUGAAGAAGAAAGGGGGGUUGAAGAAGCAAUUGGCGUCCAGGCUGAGAACGGAGUUAAGGUAGAAGAGGCCUGCACCGACCAUGAGUUGCAAGUGAUAUCCCCACCAAACUUUGAGGAACUGCUUAGCAAGGACCCAUUUGCAGUGUCUCUUUGCCAGACCAAGGCCACAUCAACAUCGGUCCCUCUUGGUGGACGCGAUGGUGGCCAAUCGAUGCUGUCAUAUCUGGUUUGGGGUAAUGAGACGAGAGAAGAGAAGAAGAGGUCUCGAGGGUGGAGACUUCAUCUGCAUCAAGUACAUGAGCCUUCAUCACCUGCCACACCACAUGCUCGUGACUUGAGACUCCACCUCAUCGACGAGAACCUCAACUUCAAGGAGGUUCUAGCAUGGACCGAAACUUAGGAGCCAUCGUCCGGCUCACGACGUGAAAGAAGCGCUUGUUGGGAGGCAACCCAACCAGUCGGUUUGCAUUUCUUUCUCUAUUUCUCCUCGGUUGAGUAAGUUUUGUUAUUUGAUUUUAGAGUCAAUAACUCAGCCUUUGUGAGAUUUUGUGUGGUGUUUGUGGUCUGACCACUCUCUCCUCCUAGAAUACACCGCCUGCCCCGUCCACCAUCAUUCACCCUGGAUCUGGUAACUUCGUUAUACCCACCUUAUCUUUCCUCCAUUGAGGACAAUGUCGUGCUUAAGUGUGGGGGGAUGUUCGAUUAUGUAUGCGGGUGAAUGUUUGGCUGUUUGUGUGCUUGGAGCCUAGUUCACUGUCCAAAUUUUUAAAUUUGAGGGCUCCAAGUACGUGUUUCAUUGCAAAUUGCCUGCUCAGUAUGCUUUGAAUUGACAGUCUCUAUAUUAAUGUGCAACCUAGGGAGGUAGUGUAGCACUAUGGAGGAUGUUGAAGUAUAAGAUUUUUCCUAUCUAGCUCUCUGCUGUGCCAGUUGAUUUUGUGAAUUAGUGGAGCUAAGACCGUUGAAUUCAUGUGGUAAUGGUGACUAUGUUUGGAUUGUGUUAUGGAAUUGUGUAUCGAACAGGGUGCUCAUGUGAAAAAUGAAAAGCAGUUGGUCCCCAUGUCAAAAUCAUAAAAUCCUUCACAUAAAAAAAAAAAAAAUCAUAAAAUCUUAAACAUGGG